GGCGAAAAAUGUUCACCACUCAAACUCGUGCGCACCGUAUGUCAUGACAUACUCGCGAAACUGUGCAACGAAAACAACAAAAUAAUUCUUGGAAAAUCGCGUCGCGUCUUUAUUGGUGAUAGCCGUGCAAGCUCGUGCCUUUAAACAUCUUUAUAGUGAGAAAUACCAUAGAAUUUGUGUGUUGUGAUCUGAAUAAACUGUGUAACUACAUUACUUGUGUCUGGAUUUUUUACUGCAAUUCGCUGAUGGCGUACUGAGAUGUAAAAAGCUGAUUCGAGACAAAAUAGAAACAUUAAGUAUGGGAAGCGCUCGCGAGUCACAAGCCAAACCUAUCCCAAUGGAGAACACAAAUAAGAAAUCUUUAAAAACCCUAGUGGUAUCAUUCUUCAGGAAGAAAAAAGAGAAACCUAAACGGAAGAGUAAGAAUGAGAUCACAGAAGUCAAAACCGAAACCAAGGAACCAGAACAAGUACAGAAACCAAACAUCGUAGCAACCAUCUUGGAAAACUUCGACAAACUAAACCUUGAUGACAAGAAACCAGCAAAAGAUGAUAAAGAAGACAAAACAACAGAGGAAGAAGAUGAACUGGAAAACUUCACGUUCAAAGUCAUAGAAGAAACGAGAAACGAGAGGAUCCACUCACACUCUUCAGAAGACAGUGGCUUCUCAGACACAAAAGACCAGGAGUCAGUGGAGAAAGAGAAAGAGGUAAAAACAGAGACUAAUGAUACUGAUGACUUGGCAGAGGACUUGGAGAAGCUUGGCAUUGAUGAUAGUAAAAAGAAGAAAGAGAAGAGAUUGCAGACUGUUCACUUGUCGAGGACUCCCAUUCGUCACAUCAAAGGUGGAUACGCACCAGCAGUUGUUCCAUACCCACAGCAAGAUGAGAGUUACAGUAAGAUCAGCUCAAUAAACAAACGCGCGCUCUCAGGCGGCCAAGUACUAGUAAACCAGUGUCAAGCUCCGGACAAUUUUUCCGAAGUCAAACAAGCAUUGGAAACAGUACAGAAAUCCUCACAAUACUUGCAAAAUGACAGGGAAACUUAUCUACAAGACGUCAUGGAUUUCAUUAAAGAGGAUACGAACGUGAAAACUAUUCCUCAAGUCGUUGUGACACCAGAAUUUCAAUACCAACAGCAUUCGUCCCUAGAAUACAUCAAGAAACCUCCAAUCACGAAUUAUUCUGAGCAAUACGCAGAAAAGACUAUGCAACAUAAUGAAUUGAUGCAAUUACUUGAGCAAAACUGUGAUAUGUCACCACAAUCUAUGUCCAACUCAAUAGACCAGUUUGGACAAGAAGAAAUAACUGAAAUUUUCAACUACGUCCAGAAAGAAUACAACCAGACUUCAAACGAUGGUUAUUUCAAUACAGAAUUCACUUACCCAACACCACCGCGAUCCGAGACAGUCCCGAGCCCUAUGUCCGCAUCACCAGGGUCUUUCUACCCCACAAACUCCGAAUACACACUAUCCCCGGAAAGAUCCCCAACAUACAACAGUGAUUAUGAAAAGUACCAAGAGAUCCCUAACUUUGAUGAAGAAAAAGAAGCUUUAGAGAAGAGAGCUCGCGAACGCACCGCUUCCAUAUCUUCAAUGACGAUGAAACAGUUUAAGGAUAUGCAGAAGGAGAUUGUACAUAACUUUUCUAAGAAGAACUGCUGUGAAGUGACGAGGAAACCUUGCAAGGAGUUGUUCAAGGAACACCUGCAACGCAUCAGCCCGGCUGUGAGGAAGAAUUUGUGCAUGAACUUUGCUAAAUUAGAUCUGACAGAAGCUUACAAUGUGUUGGAACCUAUCCUGAAAAACCUGUCGAAGAGUUCGGAGAAGGAAGACGUGGAAUACUGCCUGUUCACCAUGGUCUGUGAGCGGAUGCUGGCGCAGGACCCGGCGCUGUUCGUAGGAGAUGCCGGCCUAAGCAUCCUAAAGUCCGCGGCGCUCCGGUGUCCCAGCAGGCCGCUGCUCACCAGGUACCUGGUGGAAUGCAUCCGGAAAGCCAUCAAAGCGAACCCCAGCCUCGUCGCGAACAGGGAAUAUAUAUUCCAUGAGGUGGACGCUUUGGGCGAUAACUUGGUGAUAGCUUGUGCGCGCGCGGGGGACGGCUGUGCUGACGUCCUGAGCGAGCUGGUGCGGCCGUGCGACGGUCAGCCACCGCUGUUCAGACUGAGGCACACCAACGCUGAUGGAUAUACAGCCUUGCAUGUCGCCUGUAGUCAGCACAGCGCGGCCAGUCCCCGUCUGCACACCGUGCACGUACUUCUUGUGCACGCGGACUUCGAUAUUACUGAGGGGGAUCUAAAAGGCGGAGACACAGCCCUGCAUCUAGCUGUGAACUCAGUACACUGUGAUCUGCAACUAAUCCUGAUGAUCUUCAAGAACAUCGACCGGAAGGAAUGGAAGAAUCUGGCGCACCAUCGUAAUCUCAGUGGUAAGACGCCGUUGGAUCUAACGCGCACGGCCGCGAAAAACAAAUCACGUGUCGAGUACCCACAAGAAGUGCUAGAUUUCCUCAAAAAAUGCCGUUAACAGUACUAAAAAUACAAUAAAAAUAAACGCUAAGAAUAAAAAAUCUAGUGUUUAUAUUAUUAUCUAAACUAAAAAAAAAUCACACCUGUACAUUAUUGGACAAAGAUUUUUAUACACUCUGUAUAUAAUAUCGAAGUCAAAUCUAAGAAUUUGAAACCAACAAAAGUAUGUUAAGGCCAUAAUUGUUUGCACUAACUUGAAAAAUUACAAACGAAAUUAGACUUUAUUUCUUUAAGCAAUGAGUCGAUUUCUAUUCGAGAAGUAGAUGGUUAGUUCGUGCAAUUAUGAGCUUUACAUUCAGAAUAUGUUACAUCUCGCCUAAAAUGGCUUAAAUUGAAAAGAAAUCAAAUUCAAUGUCAAUGUUUUAAUACAUUGCCUUUAAUAGCUGUUGUAUAAAUGUUUUAAUGACAAUAAACAUAUAAAAAUGGAGAUUAUAAUACAUAAUUAUAAAUAUACCUGGACUUUACAUGACUCUCAUCAUAAAAAGCGACUUAUUUCGGGCGAAAAGCGUUUUCGGUCUAAAUUAAAAACAAUAUUAAAAACCAGAAUAACUUCCACGAGGUUUUCGUCAAGAAAACAGCUCAAAUAAGGAAGUUAUAUUAAAGAAAAGUACAAUUUUAAUAUAAGUUUUAUAAUCGAGAUCGAAAUCAUUUAGCUCUUACUAAAAAAAUGGCAAAACAUCAGCCAAUUUGUUCCUAAAGUUCAAUGAACUUUUGACAUAGAAUAGACAAAGUGAAUGUUUCAAAAUGGCGGAUUUUUCAACUACGUGAUUUACGAAAAUAAUGUAAGUCAACACCUAAUUUUUACCUAUUUUAAAAUCACAAUAAUGAUUGAAAUGACUAUCUAUUUACAAAAAAAUCAAUUUUGUAAUAUGUUUAAGGUUAUAAAAGACCUUAAAACAAGAGAAAACGCUCGGAAUUUACAAUACGUACGUUUUAAGUACUAAAAUAUAUAUAACUUCGUAUGUUGUAAAUACGAAAGGAAACUUAUUUGAAUAUAUGAAUCAAUUGAUUACUUGCUCUCAAAUUGACAUGAAAAUGCACUUUUAUUACCGAAAAAACGUUUGUAUAUAAAUAAAAAAUAAUAUUUUUGAUAACAAUAUAACUAUUAUUAUGUAUUUUUACAGAAAUGGUUGUGCAAAACACGAUUUUAGGAUUAAGUUUAGUUUAUAAGAUUGUUUUAAGGUAUUAUUUCGCGCCGUAACUAAGAAAGAACUAAAUUAAUAUUAAUACAUUUCUGAUUUACUUUUAUUUUAAUGACAAAAUACCAAAUUCCGUAAAAUAAACAAUACAUAAGUGAACUUUUAUUUGAAAUUUCAAAGAAAUUUCAGUAUAAUCUUGUUGGCGCGAAAAAUAUUAAGUUUGAUAAUAACUAGUUAGUUUUCUUAUACCUAUAUUGUAGACAUUUUACUAAAAACAAUUAUUACUGAAUAUAAUUAGAGUCAACAUCACGCCUAUCCCCGAAGGGGUAGGCAGAGGUGCACAUUACGGCAUGUAAUGCCGCUAUACAAUGUACACUCAAUUUUCACCAUUUGUUAAAUAUAAUUAAUUAUUUUAAUUAUGCUUAGUACUAAUGACUUUUAGUAAAAUAUCUUACAAUAUGGGUCAUAGUUAUUAAAAUAAGAGCGUAUUAAAUAUGUUUUAGGUCGACAGCCAAUCGUGGCUCAUGCCCGAAUACUGAAACGCUACUCAAUUUUAAGUUGUACUUAAAUAUCGUGCUAUCUCUGUCAUUUUAUAAAGAAUUGAUAAGGACAGAACUAGUUUUGAGAGCGUCUUAAAAUUGAGUAGCGUUUGAGUAUUCGGACAUAAAGUUUU